UAGAAAAGACGCAAACGUCACCGGCACAAACACUUCGUAUUAUGUAUACUCAAAAGUCUAUUUCCAAAACACCAGUUUUUGAUUUGAAGCCACUUGAAGAAUAUUAGUAUACUCUAAAGUUUAUCGAACGCGGUCAUGGAGUACAAUCGCCAGCCGUGUCCCAUUAGGAUUGUCGAGGACUGCGGAUGUGCCUUCAUGAUGGGCACCAUUGGAGGAUCCCUGUUCGAGUUCCUCAAGGGUUUCCGUAACGCUCCGUCCGGUUUGCAGCGCAGCCUUUACGGUGGCAUUGAUUCGGUGAAGAUGAGAACGCCCUCCAUUGCCGGCAGCUUUGCCGUCUGGGGAGCCACUUUCAGCACUGUGGAUUGCGUCCUGGUCCACUAUCGCCAGAGGGAGGAUGCCUGGAACUCGAUUCUCAGUGGAGCGGCCACAGGUGGGAUACUUGCCGCUCGUAAUGGCAUUCGGGCCAUGGCCAACAGUGCUCUUGUGGGCUGCCUGGUUCUGGCCAUGAUUGAGGGAGCAGGUGCAGCAGUGGCCACCAUCAAUGCAGCUGAUAAAGGCGCAGGGAUAGCCCUCAAACCGCAGCGGGCCCAGUGGGAGGCCCUAAUGGAGACUAUCGAUCCGAAGAGAGCCGCUUCUCAAGAUUUCGCCCUGGCAGAGUUUGAACGGGUGCUGGACAAAUGUCGAGCAAACAGGGAACCAAAUUUACUUCAGGACAUUCUAGUUAAGAGUCACGAGCGGGAGACCAAAACGAAGCCAUUUUAUUCCCUCUUGGAUCUGGUGAAACUAUCCCAGAUGUUCUAAUGUUGCCCAGAAAGGAGUUUAUUUUUCAUUCAAUCUUUCGUUCUCAUCGGUCACUCAUCCAAAUUAUGCGCAUGUGCUAAUUUCCACUGUUCAUUUAUUGAUCGUAAUCUAUAAAACCUAAAAGAUGCUGAAGUUCAGUGUCGACUAUCGAAA